AGUAGGAGGGUUUUACGAAACAGGAAAACGGGUAAAGGGAUAGCAAUAAAUUUUAGUAUAUUUUGUGUGCAAUUCAAAGAAAUUAAUGGCCAUGAGUUCCUUUUUGAUCAACUCCAACUAUGUGGACCCGAAGUUUCCUCCCUGCGAGGAAUAUUCGCAAAAUGACUACCUACCCAGCCACUCUCCGGACUACUACAGUGCUCAACGGAGAGAGACGGUAUUUCAGGAUGAACCGAUGUAUCACCAGCGGCCGGGCUGCGCCGACCCGCCUUAUACGCCGUGCCAGGGUCCCGGGCACCCCACGGUAGUGAUGUCUCCAAGACCUCAUGUCCUUCCCCAAACCGGGCUCACAACUCCUCUCCCUGAGACAAAUAGCCAUCACUGCCAUUCCGCCACCCCAAGUCCUCCGCCCUCCGUCAACCAAAGCAACUCUUCGUCUAGUUCGUGCAAAGAUCCAGUGGUUUAUCCGUGGAUGAAAAAAGUCCAUGUAAACAUCGUGAAUCCAAAUUACACUGGGGGGGAGCCCAAGCGAUCUCGGACAGCCUACACAAGACAGCAGGUCCUGGAGCUGGAGAAGGAGUUCCACUACAACCGCUAUCUGACCCGGAGACGCAGAGUGGAGAUCGCCCACACUCUCUGUCUCUCCGAACGGCAAAUCAAAAUUUGGUUUCAGAACCGACGGAUGAAAUGGAAAAAAGACCACAAGUUGCCCAACACCAAAAUAAGGUCCAACUCCAACUCCUCCGGCUCAAACACGAGAGACAGCCAGCCACACGGGACCUCUCAGAGCCGAACCUGUGGACCUCCAUCAAGCCUAUAGCUCCAAAAUACCUCAGAACUCUCUUUGCGGAGGGGUGCUCAUGGCUACACGCCGUAUGAAAACGACUUUAUUUAUGAAGCGAAUGGGGCGAAGACUUUACCCAGACACAGAUACGUGUUUUGAUGCUCCCACCCCAUACUAUUUUUCGGCACUCCUAUCCCCUGUUCUCUCCCUCCAUCGAAGGCAACCGAUAGUAGUUUUCAGAUCUGGUGAAGAUGGAACCGUGUUUCAUCUUUAAUCACGCCAGGCCGAGACUCAUUUGUCAUGUUUACUCCACGGUACAAAGGAUGGGCCGUGGGCCUGCUAUUACCUCGACCUAUAAUGUUGUGCUCAAUAAAUAAAUCCCGGUUGCGUUGAGGGGAGUUGUUUAGAAUCAGUUCACAUCACAAAUUGAAAUAGCCAAAAUCUCAAAGAUUAUUUAUGAUUUUCUGGUGUUGUGCUUUAGUCUGGUUCGCUUACGCAUGACAUGGAAGUUCUUGUGAAUUUCAGCUAAUUCCUGGUGCGACUUCUUUGCCGUUAUGCGUUUGCUGAGCUGAGCGUUCUUCAACGUAAGGUUAUUGAAAUGAAGCAAAAAAUAAAAAAAAUUAAAAAAAAUACAAAAAAAUAAAAAAUAAAGAAAUAAAAAAACUCCGGAGAUGUGCAAAAUAAAACGAACUCAAAUAUACAGGAAGCUAAUCCUGCACAUAGAUUUGUGUUUUCAAUAUUGCAGUGAAGUACUUCAAUAUUACAGUUACCUCUAUUGUGAUUAUGUUGUAUGUAUUGGUUUGCAUUCUGAAGGGACAGUUCACAUUUCAAUCUAUUUUCCUGGAAAGUAUCCGGGAUUAGGCUAGUGUUUGUUCACUCAUUGUAAAUUAUAUAUAAUUCAAGUAAAUAUGUGCCCAGAUCUAUAAAAUACAAAGCCGCGUAGCCCAUAUUGCAUGGCUUAAGCAAAAUUAAUAGGCCUAUUUUCUCUCAUUCUGUCUAUGGCGUACAGUUGCAGCAGAAAACACGUGCACACUCUCCUCUCCAAUUGUAUUAAUUUUCGGAAAAUAUAUAUAAUUGUCCAUUAUAUUCCGAAGGAGAGUUAUGCCACAGCUCAUAUUAGAAAUGUUUGUUUUUUUCCUUAAUGAAAUGGCUCUUUUCACCUUGUUCCUCUCGUGCAUUUACCUUCAUAUUUGUAAAUAGAGAUAGUAAAAAAAAUAAAAAUACAGUUUCUCUC